GAGCUAUAACACCACGCACAUACACACACACAUACACAUACACAUACACAUACAUACACACACGCAUACUCAUACUCACACCCACACCCACAUUACCCUCGUUUGAUUUGCUUUGCUUCAACCCAAGCCAAAUUCUCUCUCUUCAUCCGAUACCUCAUACCUCAUACCUCAUACCUCAUACCUCAUACCUCAUACCUCAUACCUCAUACCUCAUACCUCAUACCUCAUACCUCAUACAUCACCCCUCGUCCCUCACACCUCUCACACCUCUCACACCUCUCACACCGCACCACAAACUACAAUCUACGUUUGACCCCACGGUAAAUCUUUCCAUUUACCCUGUUAAGGUCCGCUUUGGUCAAACGGUUGGAUAGAAACAAAGAUCGCAGGUUGGCUCAAACGGCACUCCGAGACUCCAAUCAUAUUCUCUAGAUCUAUCUACUUUUCGCUCUUGGGGCAAUACCUCGACUCUUCUUUCCUUCUUUCCUCUUUCCUUCUUGCCUUCGUCGUGCGCACUCUACCACCAUACAAGUCGCAUGCAAAGCAGGUAUCCGUGAAGCUUGCAACCAUGGACCGAUCUCCUCCGGAUCAAGAGCCUACCCUCAAGCAAUUCCAAAACAUGCCGUACAACGAGUACAGCCAACAAUAUUUCCCUAUGCAGCAACCUGGUGCGAUGAACUUUCCUCUGAAUCCGCAUUACGCCGUCCCGAUGUCAACUCCUGCUCAAUCAUAUAAUCAUGGUGGGAUGGCUCAAGAUGAGGUUUGGAAAACUCAAGACUUUGCGCAGCAGUUAAAUUUACCAUCGCAAUCAUACCAACCUUACAUUUACCAUCAAACAAUGGAUCUGUCGCAUCAAUUCUCUACUCUGCAGAAUAUCAAUCAAGGAUAUUCGAAUUUGAGAUCCGGCGCCCACUCACUUCCAAAUUACACAGAGCAGUCGCCCAGAAAGCGCCAGAGAGUUAGUGAAGUGCCUACUACAAACCAGUUCGUGCAUUCGAUAUCAAAAGCACCUGAAGUCGAUACAACUAGCGAAUGUUGCAGUUCUUGCCCAAGUGGUUCGUUGUGUGCCGAGUCAGACUGUGGUGAAAAUGAUGUUGUUGUUGCUUGCACCUCUCAGGAGUGCGAACAGCCCGUCUGCACUUCCCCAGAGUGUGAACAGCCUGUCUAUACAGAGCCGUGCACUAAAGAUGGCGCUCUUAGCAGAAGAUGUUCAGUUGUUGAAGAUAAUGUACCUUCUGAUAGAAUGUAUCAAAAUUGGGAUAACUUUCCUGCAAUCAUGCCAACAGAGCAGCAACGACCCUCCAGAAUUCAAUCUCUUGCGCCGUCGACAUUGCGAAACAACCAAGCUCCACAAGAUAUAUCACCUUCUCCUGUACCAACUACACCAUCUCUAGUCAUGAAUAUGGAAACGCCUUACUCAGAUAUAACAUCCUUACAAACACCUGGACUUCCUAUGCAGCAGCUGACAGACAAUAUGUCUGGUUCCUCGCUCAAUGGUACUGGAAUGCGUUUCGGUGAUGGGUUGGAGAUGUUCAGUUGUAACUGGUUGGACUGUGGGCAGCCAAUGCAUGAUCAAUUUGAAUGGCAUAGGCAUUUUCACCAGGAACACAUUGAUCCGCAAUUUACAUUCAAUUGUCCGAUGCCUUCUACAUCUUGUCAAGCACCACUCAAUUCGAAUCCUUUAGAUCACUUACAAAUAAAUCAUGGCUUUACAUUCGAGGAGACUAUCAACGGGUUUCAAUGUCCUGCUCCAGGAUGUCCUACCGAAGAGAUGUACUGCGAUCCUUCAAUGCUUCACAAUCAUAUUGAUCAAAUGCACGCCAUACCCUUACAAGGACAACUUCAGUGUCAAGUUGAUUCUUGCAACACUUUGUAUCAAGAUCCAAAUCAAUUCUUCAAUCAUUUGAACCAUGAUCACAAUUUACCUAUUCCAAUGACCCCUGUCGAAGAGAUUGAUCUUUCAAGUAUACCUGUGUCAGUAGAGGCAAAAGCGGAAGAAAAGAUGAAAGAAGAGAUUGCUUCGGUAGCAAAGAACAAUGAACCAGAAUUAACUAAUCAUUUAUCCUGCAAGUGGGCAGCUGAUGGUCAUAUUUGCGGUCAAGUGUUUACUUCAGAAAAUGAUCUUCAAACUCAUGUCAAGGAAGCUCACUUAUCUAUCUUGAACAAGACUUCCGGUUACUUUUGUAAAUGGCAAGGUUGUUCUCGAAAAGCAAAAAUGGGUGAUAAGGAAGGAUUCUCUCAGAGAGGAAAACUUGAAAGACACAUGGCGAGUCACACAGGAUUCAAAGAAUGUACGUGCGACUUUCCAGGAUGCGGAAAAACAUUUGCUGCAGCACAAUCCUUAAAACAACACUACCGUCUUCACACUGGUGAAAAGCCUUGGAAAUGUAGAUAUUGCCCUAAAUCAUUUCCUCAACAAAGCGCAUGCACAGUCCACGAGCGUAUACAUACCCAUGAAAAACCACUCGAAUGUUCUAUUUGCAAAAAGACUUUUAGCGAAUCAUCCAAUUUGGCGAAACACAGAAAGACACAUGGGGAGAGAGGUCAUUAUGAAUGUCCAGAUUGUCCCAAGACUUUCCAUCGGUUGGAUCAGUUGAAGAGACAUGCGGAGAUGCAUGAGAGAAAGAAGAAGAAGGCUGGAGAGGGAAGUAGUGGAGGCGGUAGGGAGGGGGAGGAGGGAAAGAGUGAAGUUACAGAGAGUUUGGCGGGGGAUAGUUUUGAUGGGCGUAGUAGUAGGGAUAUGGAGCAAGAUGAUUAGGAUUAGGGAUGGUAUGAGCGGAUGAGGAUGGUGGGGAAUGGGUCAUGGGGAAUGGAGCUUUUGUGGUGAUUACUGUAAUGAUUUUACGAAGAACAAAGAUUAUGAUUUACGAAUCAUGAAUCAUGGAGCAUUGAGCAGGGUACAAAUGGAUACUGGCGAGCGAGGUGGUGCGAUGGAUUAUCAUGCCAGCGAUGCAUAGUUUGCGAAGUAGAUAUGGGUGGAUAUCAGAGUUUGAACAUACCUAGUACAUAAAUGCGAAUGGGUGGCUGGAAAUUGAGGAAAAUCAAGGGCUUACACGGAUGGAUGGGUGGAUGGAUUAUAUGAAUGGCAGCGCGGGACAGUGGGUGGGAGAGAGGAACGGGAUGAAUUAGGGAAUGGAUAUUGGGAAUCAAGUAUGGGAGGGGAUAUCAAAAAGUCUUUAGUAAAUAAGUAGAUGCCUACCCA